GGGAGCGCGAGAGAGAGAGAGAGAGAGAGAGAUUGGCGGAGCCGCCGAGCCAGCGCAGAGAGGCACGGAGACGCAGCGCGGAGCAUCCACACACCAGGGCGACUUCAUCUGGGAAGGAAUCAGUACAGCAACUUGAAAAACAGGGACACACCGGUGGUUGAAACAAAACAACGUAGGAGGUAUUCUCUGCACGGACAUAAAAUGAAAGGGUUACCUGGCUGCAUUUUGGAUUUGGAGUCGUUCAUUACACCGCUGCGACUUUGACACAAGAGUUGCGCAGAGUCUCUCUGUUGGAGGCAUUUCAGGCACCCAUAAUCAAACUUGACUUGGGGCAUCCAGGAACCAGUCAGGGAGUAAAGCUAAACAGCCUACAGCGCUCUUUGGAAAGAAAGACACAAAAGCACCGCUGCCACCAUGGAUGAGGAACAGUGUUACUACAACGAGACCAUCGCCUUCUUCUACAACCGCAGUGGCAAGUACCUUGCUACUGACUGGAACACCGUGAGCAGGCUGGUGAUGGGCCUGGGCAUCACCGUGUGCAUCUUCAUCAUGCUCGCCAACCUUCUGGUGAUGGUCGCCAUCUACGUAAACAGGAGAUUCCACUUCCCCAUCUACUACCUGAUGGCCAACCUGGCAGCUGCUGACUUCUUCGCUGGACUGGCCUACUUCUACUUGAUGUUCAACACGGGGCCCAACACGAGGCGUCUGACUGUUUCCACGUGGCUGCUGCGCCAGGGCUUGAUCGAUACCAGCCUGACGGCGUCUGUGGCCAACCUGCUCGCCAUCGCCAUCGAGCGCCACAUCACCGUGUUCCGCAUGCAGCUACACACGCGCAUGAGUAACCGCCGUGUGGUGGUGGUGAUUGUCAUAAUCUGGACCUUGUCCAUUGUCAUGGGGGCCAUCCCCAGCGUGGGCUGGAACUGUAUCUGUAGUAUUAAGUCUUGCUCCAACAUGGCGCCGCUUUACAGCGACUCCUACCUGAUCUUCUGGGCGGUGUUUAACCUAGUGACUUUUGUUGUCAUGGUGACGCUAUAUGCCCACAUCUUUGUCUAUGUGCGACAGAGGACCAUGAGGAUGUCGCGGCACAGCUCUGGACCACGACGCAACAGAGAUACCAUGAUGUCUCUGCUGAAAACCGUGGUGGUAGUGUUGGGUGCGUUCAUCGUCUGCUGGACCCCCGGCCUGGUCAUCCUCCUCCUCGACGUCUUCUGCGCCAACUGCAACGUCCUCACCUACGAAAAGUUCUUCCUGCUUCUCGCCGAGUUCAACUCGGCCAUGAACCCCAUCAUCUACUCCUACCGCGACAAGGAGAUGAGCGCCACCUUCAGGCAGAUCCUGUGCUGUCAGCGGCAGGAGAACGUCAACGGAACAGUGGCGGAGGGAUCUGACAGGUCGGCGUCGUCCAUCAACCACACGGUGCUUAGCGGCGGUACACAACAACAACACCACCACCACCAGCACCACCACCACCACCACCCCCACCACAACAACGAACACUCAGUGGUAUAAAAAAAAAAAAAAAAAGAGGGCUGGGGAUUGCGGCCAUUAAUUCAACUGCUUGGUGGGGUUGGUCUGUUUUGGAAGAUACUGACUGAAAGGAGGUAAUUGGCAGCAAGGAAAAGGUCGAGAGGGACCGCGAACACGACACGACCUAAAGACAGAAACGUAAGAAAUUGAAGAAUGAAGAUUAGGUAGACAGAGUAGAGCUCCGUGAGAACAGGAUGUGACUAUGAAGAAAGACAAAAAGACUUUUAUCUCCGUGUGGAGGAAGAACAGGGGGGAGAGGUGGAGUCUGAUGUUCAAGGACUCUGAUAGGUUGUUAGUAUUUUUGUUUAGUUGUUGAUUAUGUUCUAUUUGUUUGAAAUGUUUUAUGGAGAACGCUGAUAUGAACUAUUUAAAAGUAAUCUGUGAAAUGAAGGUAAUGCCAGUAGUCUUCUCUAACUUUGUAACCUGUAGUCGUGGGUUUCAGACUUUCCCCCCCCUCAAUCCCCAUUCUUAAGAAAGGUCGCAUAACAUCACACGCACCCGUCACAUACAGACAGCGUGAGUUUCCUUCACAUCCAUUUGAGGACGCAUUUUGGGCGCACAUUUAGAACACUAUUCUUUCUUUCUCCUUGUUUGGGAGGGAAGCCUUCAAAUCUGGGGAAAUUAUGUGUUAUAACACAUGCAGAUUUAUGCUCAUAUGUGUAACUAAAUGUUAAUAGAAGUUAUCUCCAGCAGCUUUAACUUUAAAAUGAGCUCGUGGUGACUUGAGGCUGAUUUUCUUGAUAGUAUUUUUUCCAGGGUUUUAUCUUUUUUUAAAUAUAGACAUCAAAUUGAAACUUUUAUGGGACAUGCUGCUGAUGCUUAUAUAAUAAACAAAUAUACUGUAUAUAUACAUACUGACAUGUUUGACAUGUUUAGCGACUUACCAAAAAAUGCUGUUGUACCCAUUAUGGAUUGUUUAAGUAACCACAGCCACUAUUCAUUACCGCAGCAGAUCCAUCAUUCAUCUUUUAAAGUGACCUUACAAGCUUAAGACUCGUUAUUCUGUUGAUGUUCUACUCCAGUUGCAGUAUCUUCCUUCCAUCCAAC